AUGAAUUUAUUGUAUUAGAAGAGAUCGAAUUCUAAUCAGAGUUUAAUAAAAGCCCAGUAGAGAAUUUCGAGAAUUCAGAAGCAAAGAGAGGCGAAUCAGCAUCUAGUUAAACAGAAAUCUUACUCGAUUUUAUAAUUCCAGAUGGAGAAUGAUGGGAAAAUAUGCAUUAAGACCAAUAGGAGAUUAAUAAGAUCGUAUUCUGCGAUUAGGUAAAAUGAGAAAGUGGAUACUAAGAAUAAGUUGUUUUCAAAGAACAAUUCAUAAUUGCUGUAUUCUCCUCCGAAGAUUCCUUCUCCAAAACAUUCUUUGAUGCUGCAAAAGAAAACUGUGCUUACCAAAUUUCCUCAGAAUGUCAGAAAAUCUUAGCAAUAUUUAUUAAAUGACAUUUUAUCAAAUAAACCAAUCAAUCAAUUUGUCACCAAAAGAACUAACAUUGAAAAAUCACAGCCUUAAGUUAUUUCUCAGAAAGUGUCUCCAUCACCUUCUACAUAUCCUUUAUUGUUUUCUGAAAUUUAAAAGGAUCCAAUGAAAUACCUUCAUCAAGCCCAACAAUUUUCCAUUUUAUAUAAUUAAAGCUAUUUACGUAAGUUACUCAAACAUGAUCAAAGAUAAUGA